AUGGAUUUAUUUGGUUACGUUCAACCUUCGCCUUCUGAUUUAUUUGCCUGGUUAUCGUCUCAUUUCACCUCGGCGUUCAAUUUAAUGGUUUUUGAUGCCAGAAUAGAGGAAGACAAAGUCGAGUCUGAUGUUCCGGGUAUUAUAUAUCUCUCAACUAUACCAAAUGGGAUGAACGUUAGCAUGAUUUCGGACAUUAUGCAACAGUUUGGUAAAAUUGGCAGAGUUUACUUGAUACCAAAAAAGAAGAAAGUAGGAAAAUACCGUCAAUAUGAAGAAGGUUGGGUUGAGUUUCUUAACAACAAAAUAGCUAGGCGUGUUGCCAUGCGGCUUAAUUGUACAGAAGUUCUUGGAUCAAAGCGUAAUCCGUGGUUUGGUGAACUGUGGAACAUUAGAUUUUUGAAAGACACUUCAUGGAACGACCUUUUUGGCGCUGAACGCGAAGAAGAAGAACAAAGACGUACAGCUCAUGAUCGUGAUAUAGUGGUCGCGAAGCAUCAAGCUCGCCAAUUUUCUGCAGCUCUGGAUGCAAAGAAACUAGAGAAAAAGAUGAAGCAAGUUAAAGGGAAAAGAUUUACUGAAAGAAAACCAGUCCAAUUGAAUCGACGUCAAAAGCUUACAGAAGAUGAAAUCAAAGAAAAACUUGCUCAUUCUAGUCGUACACCGCCUGAAGGAUGUCUUGGCUUCUCAGCUGUUUCGAAUCCUGAAUUUAUGGGCAGUCUUUUUGCCGGUGGUCUGUAA